CCCUUUCUGGUCAAAGUCUUCAACCCCUAGAGUCCAAGUCGUUCAUAUAUGUGAAGGGAAGAAGUAUAUCAGUUGAACUGUAUAGCUUGCAAAGAAAUUAUAACUUCUUGUUUCAUCUUCUCCAACAUGAUUCCUUUCCCCGCCUUUUAUGUGCUAGUCUCUGCCAUGAUCUUCUUCAUUUAUCUACCAAACCCAUCUCGUAUCGAGGCAAGGGAUGGCGGUUUCACUGUCGAAUUGAUCCAUCGUGAUUCCCCAUUUUCUCCAUUCUACAAUUCUGCAGAGACCCAAUCCAUCCGCUUAAGAAAAGCUGUUCAUCGUUCAAUAUCUCGAGUUGGAUACCUUCGUUCGAGGAGUCUAUCUUCAGCAGCUUCCUCUUCUCCAAAGACCUUUGUAUCUAUGGUGACUCCAAGCAGUGGUGAAUAUCUCAUAAAACUAUCCAUCGGCACGCCGCCGUUCGAGUUCUUUGCCAUUGUUGACACAGGAAGUGAUCUUACAUGGACCAAGUGCAAGCCUGAUAAUCAGGAUUAUGAUCAAAGUGCGUCCUUCUUUUAUCCCCAAGCAUCUUCCAGUUAUCAUGAUCUCUCAUGCUUGUCAAGACCCUGCCAAGAUCUACACCCAUCUUCCUGCAUCUAUGGACAGGCCUGUCAGUACUCUUAUUCUUACAAGGACAACUCUUCUAUAGCAGGAGCACUGGCCUCAGAGAAGCUAACCUUCAAUUCUGUUGUAAUGGAAAACAUUGUCUUUGGCUGUGCAUAUGCUUACAAUGGAGUCUUGACCAACAUUGGAGCUGGGCUAAUUGGCCUUGGGGGAGGACCAGUGUCUCUCAUCACUCAGUUGGCCCCUUCAAUUGGUGGAAAGCUGUCAUACUGUCUUGUGCCCUUGCAGGACAGCAACAUGGGUAGCACCAUCAGCUUUGGUAACAAGGCAAUGGUCCACAGCAGCAACAGUGUUUCAACACCUUUAGUUUCCAAAGAGCCAACUACAUUUUACUUUCUUAAUCUGGAAGGCUUAAGUGUGAAUGAUAAGAAGUUUGAUGCAAUUCAGACUUAUGGAAACAUCAUUAUUGACUCGGGCACAACAUAUACAUAUUUAAGCAUUGAUCUUUACAGCCAAUUGGAACUGAAACUGGUGGAUGUCAUCAAUCUUACGAGGGCUGAAGACCCAACUAGAACAUUUAGAUUGUGCUAUGAGGGAAACCCAUUUAUUAGACUUCCUGACAUAACAUUUCACUUCACUGGUGCAGAUUUGAUCUUGGGGUCGCUUAAUACUUUCAUUGAGACCGAUGGUUUGGUUUGCCUUGCGAUACUGCCAAGCAACGAUUGCCUUUCGAUCUUUGGGAAUAUGGCUCAGCGGAAUUUCGUAGUCACUUAUGAUCUUGAAGAGAGGAAGGUAUUAUUUGCUUCAACCAGGUGUUCCAGCACUAGUUAUUCUGAUGGAGUACUGCAUUUGCAUCCUUCAGUUCUUCUCCUCUUGUUGUCUCUCUCUAUUUAUAAGCUACUAAUAACUAGCUAUCUUCCAUGGGAUGUGUCAACUUCUAAGAUUAUAGAUCAUUAGGCUAAGUUUGGUUUGAUAGAAAAUAAGAGAGAGAGAGAGAGAGAUUCGUUAACAAUAUUUCCUCAAAUUUCCGGCUUCUCUCUUAAUUAUUUUCCAUCAAACCAAACACACUUAGUAUCCAAAAAUUGGGAUUUAUUCAAAAAAAAAAUCUAGG